AAGUCAAUUUUAGCGCCAAAAUUUGCUUGUUUGGGUACGACUUCGAGUAAUGCUGAUAUUUUAAAUUUUAAUUAUUUUUGCUUUGAAUUAAAUUCUUAUAAAGAACUGAAUAAUUAAAAAUGGAAGGCUUUGACGAUCCCGGUGUAUUUUUCUCUGACAAUUUCGGCGUAGAAGAAAACGAAUCUCAAGACCAUAUCAACUUGCAAAGUGUUAAAAAAAAGUUUAAAGAGUUUAUUAGACAGUUUCACACGGGAAAUUUUAAUUUCAAAUACAGAGAUGCCCUCAAACGUAAUUAUAACCUCCAUCAGUAUUGGGUUGAAAUAAACAUUGAAGAUCUGUCAAGUUUUGAUGAAGUCCUGGCUGAGAAGCUUUAUAAAAAACCAACAGAGCAUUUACCAAUACUAGAAGAAGCUGCUAAAGAGUUGGCAGAUGAGCUGACAGCUCCGAGACCUGAGGGCGAGGAGAAAGUAGAGGACAUACAAGUACUGCUCUCCUCUGAUGCACAUGCAUCCAACUUAAGGGAGCUUAAAUCUGAAACAGUGUCCAGGCUAGUGAAAAUACCAGGCAUUGUGAUAUCAGCAUCAGGAAUCAAAGCAAAGGCCACCAAAAUAUCAAUCCAGUGCAGAUCAUGUCGCAAUGUUAUACCCAACCUGCCCGUCAAACCUGGCCUGGAAGGCUAUGUUAUGCCUAGGAAGUGUAAUACGGAACAAGCUGGAAGACCAAAGUGUCCUUUGGAUCCAUACUUUAUUAUACCAGACAAAUGCAAAUGUAUAGAUUAUCAGGUGCUGAAACUCCAAGAGGCACCCGAGUCAAUACCCCAGGGUGAGAUGCCGCGCCACCUCACUGUGUACUGUGACAGGAUGCUGUGCGAGCGGGUGGCUCCGGGUGCCAGGGUCACUGUGCUGGGAAUAUACUCUAUUAAGAAAAUUGCCAAGAUCGGGAGAGAAGGCCGCGACAAAGGCUCGGUAGGAGUGCGAUCCUCCUACAUCCGUGCAGUGGGGUUGACAGCUGAGGAAGGAGUGACCGGCGGCCUCAGACCCUUCACAGCUGAUGAAGAGGAGCAGUUCCGACGCCUGGCUGCGUCUCCCGACAUAUACGAGAGGAUUGCAAUGUCCAUAGCACCCAGCGUGUUUGGAGUCAAUGAUAUGAAGAAAGCCAUCGCUUGUUUACUGUUUGGAGGUUCCCGUAAACGUUUGCCCGACGGGCUGACAAGGCGUGGUGACAUCAACGUGCUGUUGCUGGGUGACCCGGGCACGGCCAAGUCGCAGCUGCUGAAGUUCGUGGAGAAGGUGGCCCCGGUGGGCGUGUACACGUCGGGCAAGGGCUCCAGCGCGGCGGGGCUCACCGCCUCUGUUAUACGGGACCCUGGCAGCCGCAACUUUGUGAUGGAGGGCGGCGCGAUGGUGCUGGCGGACGGCGGCGUGGUCUGCAUCGACGAGUUCGACAAGAUGCGCGAGGACGACCGCGUCGCCAUACACGAGGCCAUGGAGCAACAGACCAUCUCCAUCGCUAAGGCGGGUAUAACAACGACGCUAAACUCGCGCUGCUCGGUGCUGGCUGCUGCCAACUCUGUGUUCGGGCGAUGGGACGACACCAAGGCGGAGGACAAUAUCGACUUCAUGCCCACCAUCCUGUCCAGAUUCGACAUGAUCUUCAUUGUAAAGGAUGAACACGACCAGAACCGGGAUAUUACUCUAGCGAAGCACAUAAUCUCUGUGCACAUGGGCGGCGACAGCGCGGAGCGGCAGACGGCGGCGGGCGAGCUGCCGCUGACGCUGCUGCGGCGCUACGCCGCCUACUGCCGCGCACGCUGCGGCCCGCGUCUGUCCGCCGCCUCCGCCGAGCGGCUCGGCGCGCGCUACGUGCUCAUGCGCUCCGGCGCCUCGCAGCAGGAGCGGCAGGCGGACAAGCGGCUGCCUAUACCCAUCACUGUGAGACAACUGGAAGCUGUGAUCCGCAUAUCGGAGUCUCUGGCCAAGAUGCAGCUGCAGCCGUUCGCGACGGAGGCGCACGUGACGGAGGCGCUGCGGCUGUUCCAGGUGUCCACGCUGGAUGCCGCCAUGACGGGCAGCUUGGCUGGUGCAGAAGGCUUCACAACAGAGGAAGACCAUGAGAUGUUAUCCCGAGUAGAGAAGCAACUGAAGCGGCGGUUCGCGGUCGGCUCGCAGGUCUCCGAGCAGACCAUCGUGCAGGACUUCCUGCGCCAGAAGUACCCGGAGCGCGCCAUCGUCAAGGUGAUCCACACCAUGAUCAGGCGAGGGGAGCUGCAGCACCGUCUGCAGAGGAAGAUGCUUUACAGGCUCUCAUAGUGAAGUAAUGUACUACAGGCGCCAUCGUCUGAAGAGGAAGACUAUAGCUUGGCAACUUCGUUCGUAACACACCCGAUGGUACGCGCGGGCCGGGGGGCGUGUAGCGAUAAAUAAAAACUGGUGCACCUGGCUUCCCCGCACGCACGAUUUCACACCCGCGCAGUCUUUCCCCCGUCGCCCGCAUAUCAUGGGAGUGUCAUCGACGAAAUCAUCGACAUCAACUUGCCAGACUAUAGUGUGUGAUGUCAGCAAUUUGUACGCUAACUACUAACUUGUUGGCUAAUAUGGUAUCGUUGCGAUAGGAGUGAUGUAUGCACAAAAUUAUCUCGUUUUCUCUUAUGGCACAUUCUAGGCCUACUAUGACGUGUAACAGUGAUUGUACCAUUAUUUUGUGGUAGAGGAAACACCUCGAGCAGGUAUCAGGACUUGUGACUUUGGGUGUAGGUUUAAGGGAUCCCUUUAUAAUGCAUCAACACUCACUUCCCCUGCCCGAAAUUUUCUCUGUGCCCACACUGAACAACUAAUGAUCAACAAUUAGAAAACAAUCAAUAAUCAAAACACAAAACAUUGUUGCAUAAAAUCACGAACACAACUAGAAGCGUGACGGUGUUCACGCUGCCUAACAAACAACUACACUAUAUAAAUACCUCCUUUUUAUAAUAAUAUAAAUAAUGAAUGUUAAUUACCACCCAUACUCGAUUAAUUUGUAGCACUUCAUCAGGCCUAAGAUUUCGAGACGCAAGAAAAACACUGUGGACCAAUAACGGCAGAAUUUAAAAUAUCCUUCUCUCUCUGUCUCGUCGACAAUAUGGCUUUCUCGUCUCGAUAUAUAUCGUUGACACAUGCUAGGUAGCUACUGCUAAAAUAAUCUUUCAUUAUUUUGUCUAUUUAUCGCUCCUAAAGACAUUUAUACCAUCUCUUUCGUUAGGAUGGAACAAAAGAGAUAGCUAUGUAGCCAAAUUAUCUCGUUAUUUUUUGGCGUGCAUUUUAGGUCUAGUGUCUACUUGUAAGAUAAAUUAAUAAGGAUUUAUUUUUGUAAGGAUUUGAAAAUAAAACAAUCAUUCAAUGAU